AUGGACCAACACCCCAAACCCAGAAGCAUUCUUGAAUCAUUAGGUGAAGAAAUCAUUAGGAUCAUAACACCAGUCUCGAUUUGCAUGUUCUUGGUGGUCAUUCUGGUCUCAAUAUUGAACAACGACUCCACCUCUUCAUCAUCAUCCGGAUCAUCAAUCGCCACCAUAGCUUACACCGAGAACAGCUCAGACUCGACAUGGGACAAAUUUAAAGGUGCCCUUUUGAAUUCACUUGUGUUUGUUGCUGUUGUCACUGUUGUUACCUUCCUUCUGGUCCUACUGUUCUAUCUCAGAUGCACUAGGUUCUUGAAAUACUACAUGGCUUUCUCUACUUUCCUUGUUUUGGGAUUCAUGGGUGCUGAAAUUGCUUUGUUCCUGAUCCAAGACUUCAGCUUUCCCAUUGAUUGCAUUACUUUUGCGUUGGGUUUGUUUAAUUUCACUGUUGUUGGUGUAUUGGCUGUGUUCAUGUCAAAGAUGGCCAUUUUUGUUACACAAGGGUAUUUGGUUGUUAUUGGAAUGCUGGUUGCUUAUUGGUUUACUCUUUUGCCUGAAUGGACUACUUGGGUGCUUUUGGUUGCCAUGGCAUUGUAUGAUCUGGCUGCUGUUUUGUUGCCCGGCGGGCCGUUGAGGCUCUUGGUAGAGCUUGCAAUAUCUAGGGAUGAAGAUAUCCCAGCUUUAGUCUACGAGGCCCGGCCAGUUACUCAUCCUGAGUUGGAUCGAAGGGGUGUAGUUCAUAGGCGGGUAUGGAGAGAGAGAAGUGGUGUUGAUCCUGAUUUGAAUUACAGCUUGAAUAAUGGUUCUAACUUGAGUUCAAAUGCCAAUUCUGCGUCCAAAUCGAAUCCUAUUAUUGGUCCUGUGGUAUCUGUUGGAAGUGAUCAGAAUCAGAUGCAAUUGGCUAAUGGUGAAGAAAGCCGGGUCUCUAGAGUGGAUUCUGAGCUCUCUGCACCAUUAAUUGAACACAGAAUAAAUGUGCAGAUGCAUUCACAUCAAGACACAGUGUCGAGUGAAAAUUUGGCACUUGAGGGAAUUGGGUUGGGAGCAUCCGGUGCUAUCAAGUUGGGACUAGGUGACUUCAUCUUCUACAGCGUGUUGGUUGGUAGAGCUGCAAUGUAUGAUUUUACAACAGUCUACGCAUGUUAUCUUGCUAUUGUAGCUGGUCUUGGUAUUACUCUGGUGCUACUUGCGUUAUAUCAGAAAGCUUUGCCUGCUCUUCCAGUAUCUAUUAUGCUAGGCGUGCUAUUUUAUUUGUUGGCUCGACUAUUACUUGAAGCUUUUGUUGUACAAUGUUCAGUGAACCUCUUGAUGUUUUAG